AUGCCUUCACGCGUUGGGGCCCAUCUCACUCCUAUUUCCUCAUCCGUUGACCUGCAGCAUGGGAUGGGCUUCGUGGUAAAAUAUCGCAACAAUGCAAUCAAUGCCAUGGACUUGUGGCUGGGCAUACAUGUACCGAGCAAUGUAGCGCCAAAGACCCUUACUACAAAGCCAAGGAAGAAUGCAGGUACAGAUACUCCUGCUGCAGAACGCGCGUACAUGUUCUAUAUGCCAGGAAGAAAUUCCUAUGCCUGGAUUGAGAGAAAGAGUCUUUACCCGCUUUCGGAGCUCUCACCUGAAGAGUUCAAUUUGGAGGAUCGGGCAGACUCCUGGCUCUAUGCAAAACUCUAUGACUUGAUAGAGGACUAUGGAAAUGACCUACAAUUUUGGAUCGACAUGGCUACAAAGGAACGCCAGCAGAAGGGCUCCUCGAGCAAACAACCCUACCUGGUCUUGCCUUACGCCGACAGAGAUGAGAGUGAAAGUAACGCUUUAGAUGAAUCUUCUGACAAAGAACAGUCACCUCCAGCAAAAAGAAAUCCCAAAGAAACACACGCCCGACCUGCCAACAAGAAAGCCAAGGCAGCGAGUUUGCCAGAUCCAUUACUCAAUGGCGAGGAGAUUGUUCAGAUUUACAUUGGCAAUGCUGCUACGUUGCAAAAAAUAUUUCAACUCACGCGCAACAAUAUUCGCAAAUCUUCUUUUCUGGAGGGACUGAUUCAAGGAAAUCCGCCCUUUAUUUUUCAUCCGACUCUCUUUCAAAUGAGCCCGGAUGAAUUCGAGACUGUGCAUGCCUAUCUCUCUACUGAUGAUGACGCUGAUUCUGACCUCGUCCAUGUUGGCGAUAGCAUCGAGAAGCUGGUGGGCGAGGAUCAUAUAUUGGGAGACGCUCUGAAAAUUGGCAGGACAUACACGCUUAAAAACUUGAAGGGUAUUGAGGACCUCACCGAGCUCAUUCCUCGUCUCGGUAAGCUGUACAAAAAGGCUUGCCUGCUUAACCUUGACAAAAUGUCGAAAUCAACGAUCUUGAAACUUCAGGUGGUAUGGAACAUCUACUGCGGAGCACCACAGUUGCCCUUGUUUCUAGACUUUAUCGAAAGUAUUAUGCCCCAUCUGCCUCCAAUGCAUCCUUCUCGGAACGUGUUUGUUGGCCACACAGCUCAAGCACCGCCCUUUGGGUCUCCAUUGGCUUCAUCACUGUCUUGCUCACAGCAGCAAUGGAUAAUCGAUUUUCUUGCUGAAACAAUGAUGCUCUAUCUUGCGACGGAUCUACAAAGAUUCUGCAAUUUCAUGCAGCAAUAUGCCUGGAUGCAAGCCGUUGUGUAUGAGCGUCGGGCCCAAUUUUGCAAUGCCCAUCUAGGGGAUCUAAGUCGUCUCGAGAUGGCACUCAUGCAGAGAGAACCUUUUGAUGAAACAAUUAUUGUUCGCUUUGAAGAGGCACAGCAGGAGGCACAGGCCGAGGAACAAGAAGAGAAAGGGGAACAGGCGGAUGAUACUGAGGCACUCUUUUGCUAA